AUGACUAGCGGAGGUGUGUGGCGGUUUCUGUCUUCAUUCUCCACUCGAACGUGUGGCGGGUUCUGGUUGGCGUGGCUCUGGCGGAACCCAGCGCUGCGGAGCCAUACACCACGUUGGUGCGACUGCAGCGGCCCGGUCUUUGCCCGCAGCGUGGGCAGCACCUACGCAUGUGAGUUCUGCGGCGGCAGGCAGCGAGGCGUGGAGUGCGGCCCAACGCCGCUCUACGUUCGCCCCGUGAACGGCAGCUGUGUUUCCGUCGCACUGAGUUCAGGUUACAAGGAGGGUGUGCGCCGGGUUAUUGGGGAGCUAGACUUGCAUCUCACGGCUGUGGGCACCACCUACACCAGCCUCGCCACACGGCUGCCCGUGGCUUGGCGGUCAAGUUGCCGAAGCCUCGAGUCGUACAGGGAAUGGUGCAGGCGUGCGAGGGUGCCAUCCAAACCCGCGCCGCAUGACAGGAUGCGCCCCGAAGGCGUUGGAGAUUCACCGUGGCGGGUGCCCUUCGACGACGUGCAACGCGCCGUAUAUGCAUUGCGCUUUGCUUUGGCCGUCUACGCUUUGCCGUACGAGCUGGGCUACUUCUACAGCGUUGUGCGCUCUCUUGGACUCUGGGUGCCGCGCCACAACCGAUAUGCGCUUGCGUCGACGGCUGAUCAAGUUUCAUCCAUUCGCCGUAUUCUUUUUGGAAACAAAUGUGACCCGCUGCUCGAGGUGGCGUACGCCCGCUACUCCGCCAGCCUCGGCCAGCCUUGCUUCGCGAUAUUUCUGGACCACCACUGGCGUCGCGUGGUGAUCGCGUUCCGUGGAACCAUCUCACUGGCGGACAUUUUUGCAAAUCUGGAUGGCGGCUACAACACCGUCUGCCUUGGCACGUACCGCAGAGCCGCGAUGGGGGAGACGGAGAAGUUGCACACACUCGUGCCACGUGGUUUCUACACGAAUGUCAUGGAGGCUGGAGGACACAUUAUGCAUGCGCUUGGCACCAUUCGAGCGAUGUACCCUGACUACGCAGUUAUGGGCGUGGGACACUCUCUUGGUGCUAUUGAGGCAAUUCUUUUUCAUCUGCUUUUUUUCUUUCCCACAGCGCGGCAGACGACGGAGUUAAGCACAAUUGCCUUUGCGCCUGCCCCGUGUAUCGAACGCACGGUGGUGGCCAAAGUCAAUGAGCUUCUGGGCGAAGAGGCGAUGACGUCGUGGGUCUAUGGCCUUGAUGGGGUGGCGCGGCUACAGGCAGGCUCUUUGCGCGACCUCUUCUUUCCAUCAUCCCCGGCCUCUGAACCAAAGGGGGACAACGAGAAGAAGAAGAAGGAAUCACAGCAGAAGCAGCAGCAUCAGUUGCCGCUUCUUGCUAUCCCGGGCCGAGUGCUGCAUUUAGUGGAGAACAGCACCGAGGUGCUGCACGUCCCCCUCAACGCCCCGUGGCGAGAGCAGUUGUUUCUGGGGAAGGAGGCCUUGCUGCACCAUUUCCCAUCGAUGUACGGUGCGUCCCUCCACCGGCUUUUUAUGACACACGAGGCAAACACAAGAGCCUCCAGGGAGGUGCAGCAAUGA